AUGGAAGAGGUCAUGCUGGAGGCUGUGGUGGAGAUGAUGUUUUGGGGCUUCAUGGUCGUCGUCGUGAUCUCUAUCAUCCUGUACCUCCUUCCAGUGGAUGACAACAGAUGGAGGAUGCCGAGGGACGUGGAGCUGAGCUACAUGACGACGAGAGACCUGUGCAAGGUUCCAUACUGGAGCAAAGGGAACGGGCAGACCAUCAUUCUCGUGCACUCCGUCGGCUGCUCGUCGGUCAUCUUUUUCUUCCUCUUUAGAACAUUGACUGCAAAGGGAUACCGGGUCAUAACUUACGAUCUCCGUGGACACGGGAUGUGUUCGCACUCAAGUCUCUUCACAGCCAGCAUCUUGGCUAUGGACUUGGUGGUUAUCUCAUCCAAACGCUCUGCAUCCGCCAUGCCCAACAAGUUUCAAAGAGAAGGGAUAGUUCUGGUCAGCAGUUUCCCUGUCUCACCUGCACGGGUAGAGUCGUUCCCCUGGCUCUACAAGAUUUUCAGCUCUUGGGGAUUCCUUCACGUCUUCUUCCGAUUCCGCACCCUCGCCAGGGUCAUCGCUCGUCCAUUCUUCGGAGACGUGGACCUCACUCCCGACUUGAAGAAGAUCGAGGCCCCUUGCCUUGUGGUGUGCGGAUCCGAUGACAAGUUUGCAUUUGGUCUGCAAUGUAGAUAUGAGAACUCGAACACGGGAAAGGUUAUUCGGUUGGAGAGGAUGGGCCACAUGCUGCCCUGGGAGGCCCCAGAUUCCCUCACUCAGCUUGUCAAAGAGUUCAUAACCACGAACAUGAAUGUAUAG